AUGCCUCCUCCUACCCACAAAGCCUCUCUCCUGCAUACCAAGCCUUACUAUAACUCAGAACUCGGGUCUAUCCGGGCUGUAACGGCCGAACAGCUUCCGGUACUGAAGAAUCUCUCGAUCAAGCGGUUGAUUCUGGCGCCGUCAGCUAUUCGUGAGCCCCACUGGCAUGCCAAUGCCAAUGAGUUGGCCUACUGUCUCCGAGGCACGGUCCAAGUCAAUAUCCUCGACACGGGCAAUGUGUUUGCAAACUUCGUCAUUGAAGCUGGUCAGAUGUUCCACGUGGAAUCUGGCUCACUACACCACCUCGAGAACAUCGGAAAUGAGGAAGCAGAGAUCAUCAUUUGCUUCAGGCAUGAACAACCCAAGGACUUUGCCCUUUCUGCCUCAAUGGGCGCUAUGGCGGACUCUGUGCUGGGAAAUACCUACGACCACCCGGCAUCUCACUGGACUCAGAUCAGUCGGACCACACAGCCGAAGUAUAUCGUCCGCCGCAAAGGAGAAUUGAAUAUCCUGUCGACAGCAUACUUCCCCGACCCCCACAAGUUCGAUGUCGAGGAGAUGAAGCCUCCCGUUUCCUCAGAAGUAGGCUCGAACCGCACCGCUCGCAACCAGUUUUGGCCUGCGCUACACAAUAUGUCAAUGUACUCUCUGCGCAUUGAAGAUACCGGCAUGCGCGAGGCUCAUUGGCACCCGGAAACGGCGGAGUUGGGAUACGUCGCCGAGGGCGCCGCUAGAAUGACCAUCAUGGACCCAGAUGGGUCGACAGAUACGUACUACUUGCAGCAGGGAGACAUGUACUACGUCCCGACGGCGUAUCCACACCACAUCGAGGUGCUUGGCUCAGAAAGAAUGCAUUUUUUGAUUUUCUUCGAUCAGCCCAAUCCCAAAGAUGUUGGAUAUCGGUCAUCGGCCACGGCUAUGUCCCGCGAGACUUUGGCUUCGACAUUGGAGGUUGAGGAGCGGGAUUUACCUCGAUUUCCAUUCACAAUUAAGGAUCCUUUGAUUGUGGGGAAAUUAAACCCUGUAGAUGAGGUGAAGUCCAAGCUAUAG